AUAGAGAAAAUCUUUGUAUACUGUAAAGGAUAUUUGAUGAUGAUGAUGUCUAGACAUGAAGGAAUGUUCGGAGGAGCAGUAAGAUGUCAAGACUGUGGAAAUCAAGCCAAAAGGGAUUGUGCAUACAUGAGGUGCCGGACUUGUUGCAGAAGCAAAGGGUUUCAGUGCCAAACUCAUGUUAGAAGCACUUGGGUCCCUGCCUACAGAAGGCGCCAGAGAAUCAUCCAAGAAGACACGCAAACUAACCCUAAGAGACUUCGAGACCAUUCUUCCACCUCAGGGUUAGAAGUGGGGAAUUUUCCCGCUGAGGUGAGUUCUCUGGCGACAUUUCGAUGUGUUCGUGUGAGUUCCAUUGAUGAUGAAGAUGAUCAAUAUGCAUAUCAGACGGCUGUGGCCAUAGGAGGGCAUGUUUUCAAAGGUAUACUUCAUGAUCAAGGCGUGGAGAGUCAUUAUACCACCGGAGAGUGCUCCUCCAGGGAGACACAGCAGCCAAAUGUUCAUCAAAUCAAUGCUCCCGCUCCUGCCCUAGCCAGGGCCGCUGCACCCUCCAGUUCAUCACUUGCUGCGGAUCUUCCUUCUCCUUCGUAUGCUCCUCUCUUCAACGCUUUCAUGUCCGGCACACAGUUUUAUCCUCAUCACCCAAAAUCUUGAUUUGGGAAAGAGAGAAAAUUUUGAAGGAAGACUUAAAGUUAUACAUUGUGGCAUGCAUAUAUAUCUUCUUGUUUCUUGAUUCAGAGAUAUAUUAAGGUUUUCUGUUCUUGUCCAUGAUUGGCUCCAUGCACAAGCACAACAUAUAUAACUUUACAAGAUCAUCAUCAUCGUUGUCAUCAUCAUAUUUUCUUUAUGUUUUACAGAUUAAUGAAGCUAAGAGAAAUUA